AUGGUUGAAUUCGCUGCCACCGAGGCCAAGAAGGCGGCACAGGACUCAGCAGCCAGCUCCAGUACUGGCGUGUCUGACAUUGACGAUGCUGUCAAUGGCAGCGCCCAAGUGCCUCAGGAUAGCGAUCGAAAGUCUAAGAGAAGAAAGAGGAAGAUUAGAUCCAAGGAUGGUGGCGCCGAUGAGUUUGAAGGCUCAAAGUCAUUGGCAAAGAGGAGAAACAGUCUGCACAAAGCAGCUCGAGACCCCCGUGAUGAGCCCGAAGGAAAGCAGCGCAAAAAGCCCAAGGUCGAGGAAAGCAUAACAAGAUCGCCCAGUCCUGUCAUAGACUUUGACGGAUUGAGCCGACCAAGCCGUGGAACACGGGAGCGACUUGAAGAAAGUAGCGAGCAAGCCGCAGAGCGACUCGAAAAGAUGCGCAAUGCUGUACGAACAAUCCUCGAGUGUGUCGGAGAAGAUCCCGACCGAGAAGGUGUUUUGGACACUCCUACACGCUAUGCUAAAGCCAUGCUCUUCUUCACCAAGGGCUACCAGCAGAAUGUGAAAGAUAUUGUCAACGAUGCCAUUUUCCACGAGGGCCAUAAUGAAAUGGUUAUUGUCAAGGAUAUUGAAAUUUUCAGUCUUUGCGAGCACCAUCUGGUCCCAUUUACUGGAAAGAUGCAUAUUGGUUAUAUUCCAAACAACAACGUAAUUGGUAUCUCAAAACUCCCGCGUAUCGCUGAACUGUUUGCACGACGACUCCAGGUCCAGGAACGUCUCACUAGGGAGGUUGCCAAUGCCAUCAUGGAGAUCCUCAAGCCACAAGGUGUCGCCGUGGUGAUGGAAUCCAGUCAUCUCUGCAUGGUCAUGCGUGGUGUCGAGAAGACAACUGCAACGACCAUAACGAGCUGUGUGCUUGGCUGUUUUGAACGCAAGGAGAAGACCAGGAACGAAUUUCUGAGCCUGGUUGGAGUUAACCGCAGGUUCUAG